AUGUCCCGCCGAAACACCCCACCCAAUACUCAAGCACAGACAAAAGCACCUAGACUCCAGCCGAAUUACAAGCAGCCGAAAACGCCAAACACGCGAGUGCAGGCUCCCGUUCCAGUCCCGCCGCAGACGGGGGACUAUGGCCAAGCAGCAUCGCCCAAUCCCCGCACGAACAGACACCCGAGCCAAAAUCCCGACAUCCCCACUACCGGCGCCACUGACCAAGACAAGCCGACCGACACCGGAACCUCGCUAGCGACAACGAACGCGGCUCUGGAUCCCGAAGCGAUCAAACACCGAUCGAUCAAACCCGCACCUCACAAGCCAGCGGCGCCGACAAUGGAAAGCGACGACGGUGAACCGGAGUGCGGAAAAGACGAGUCGAGCGAGCCAAGUAGUACCGCCGCUCGGCCAAGGCGGCCAAAACGCAAGCCGGGGGAACUCGUGCGUCGGAUGCGGCAAGUCGAACAUCCGAAGCAGCGGAGAUGGUCCGGUGUGUUCCUCCGGUGUGAGGAUGGGACGAGAGCGCGUGUACAAUGGAGCGUUCCCGUGACGGAAGCUUGCUUACCGCCCGUGACUUGCAAGGGGUGGUGA